GCCAUCAUGGCAAAAAAUAAGUAUUUAAAUAUAUAAGAGACUCCACUCCAUUCAUCGAGCUUUUAAGUGCGGGUGAAAGAAAACAUGAUGUAGAAAAGCAGUUAGAACAACAACAACUGUUGAAGACCAGUCAAAAUGUGAACUAGAGUGAAAAAAAACAAGUUUACAGUGGUGUACACUGUACAGUACAAAUUCAAAAUGGCGGAUUUGAAAGGUGUGAGCGUCACAGAUUUAAACGCUACAUUGGAAGAUCCGGAAGUGUUGGACGCGUUCCGUGAGUUCCUGAGGAUAAAGCUGGAUAACAACAAGAGCACAAAUAUUGACCUCAAAAAGAAGUUUGAGCAGUGGCUUGACUAUGUGAUAAUUUGCAAUAAGAUAUUUAGCCUGGCUGAGGAGGAUAUAGAAGAUUGUAUAAACCUGAUGGUUGAGGUCGGAGAGAGGUUUAUUGCCAAACCUCCAGGAGGAUAUAAUAUAGCUCUAGCAGGACAACUGAACAGGAAAGCAUUGGAACAGCAUUGUAAGGAAUUAGGAGAUAAAACAACUCUUGAUCCUGACACAGGACUUCUCAGACCUGGUUAUGAAUUUAUCCUGGAUGGUUUAUCGAAGAAGCAUGAUAUAUUCCGGAAGACUGUGCGCCCUAGAACUGCUCUUCAUGCGCUUUUAUGCACACUUUCCUGAUAGGGAAGGAACCAAGUUGAACCUGCACAAUUACCAGUGAAUAUUAAACUCAGCAGUGAUAUUUAUAAUGUACAUAUGUACGGUAUAUGUUCAUGUACUGAAAGUCUGUACAUAAGCUUACAUGGAAAGCCAUACAUCACAAAAAUGCAUAUAUAUACAUGGUUGAAUUUAAUCUUGUGAAAUUACAGCAGUAAACCUGUAAUUAAAAGGACUUUAAUUUUAAGGGACCCUCCGUUCAUAAUUUUAAGGGACCCUCCGUUCAUAAUGAUGCCUAGCAGAUUUUAAACCUUUAUUUGAGGAACAAAGCAAGGAGGAAGAUAAGUAAAUUUUGUCCAUUUUUUUCUUUGUUGCUUUCGUUAGGAAACUGAUAAUAAUUGUUGACAAAUUACGAUCAAUUCUCAGACAAAAAAAACCAGGAUAUUUCAAUUAGUUAAAUUCAAGAAAGAUUCAAAGGGUUCCGUUAAUGUUCAAGACAUGCCAAUCUUUUUUAAGGUCACGUAGAAAAGGUUUUGACUGUUAAAUUUGUAUAAAUUCAUCCAAUGCAACAUGUGAUCUUCAAGAUAAAUAUUUGAAUACCUCAAACAUCAUCAUCAACAAUAUUUUAGAUAAUGUUACCAAAAAUUUAUAAUCAUUGCUGAUCUACAUCUUACCGUCAUGUGCAGCUUUAAAUAAAAACAGUUCAGUUCCUUAAUUGUAAAUAGAAAUGCAGAAUUUUGUUGAUUCUUAAAUAUGAUUUAUGAAACGUAUAUUAAUUGAUCUCAAAUAAAUAUGAUUAAUGUUU